AUGGCGCUCUCCCCCAAAUGGUACCAGUUCCUGGUGGGCGUCUUUGCCUCGCUCGGGUCCCUGCUCUACGGUUAUGACUUGGGUGUCAUUGCCCAGGUUAUUGCUUCGCAGUCUUUCAAGACCAAGUUCCACCCCAGCAACAAUGAGGAAGCAGCAGUCGUGUCCGUUUUUACAGGCGGCGCCUUCUUUGGUGCCUUUGCCGCCGGUCCCAUGGGAGACAAACUUGGCCGUCGUUGGACAAUUCUGCUAGGGGCUAUCGUUUUCUGCCUCGGGGGUGCCCUGCAGACAGGAGCUCAAGCUCUCUCAUACCUCUACUCUGGGCGCGCCAUUGCUGGUGUCGGUGUUGGCGUUCUCUGCAUGAUUGUACCUCUCUACCAGGCCGAACUGGCGCAUCCCAGCAUCCGUGGUCGUAUCACCGCUCUCCAGCAAUUCAUGCUUGGUAUUGGUGCUUUGGCAGCGGCCUGGAUUUCUUACGGCACUUAUGUUGGCUUUGAUCCCACGAACGACGGGCAAUGGCGAACGUCCCUGGGUAUCCAGGUCAUCCCCGCUGUUUUCCUCGCCGCCCUCAUCCUCCUCUUCCCCGAGUCCCCGCGGUGGCUUAUCGACCACGACAAGCAAGAACUCGGUCUCCAGACCCUCGCCAAGCUGCACGCCCACGGCGACACCAACGAUGCUUGGGUGCAGGCCGAAUACCAACAAAUACAGGAAGCAGUUGCCUUCGACCGCGCGAACGAAGCCAAGUCGUACGCCGAGCUUUUCAAAGACAAGUCUUGUUUCCGGCGUCUGUUCCUGGCCUGCGCGCUCCAAGGUGGCGCCCAGAUGACGGGCGUUUCCGCGAUCCAAUACUACUCAGUCACCAUCUACGGGCUGAUGGGCAUCCAGGGUGACGACACGCUCAAGUACCAGGCCAUCUCAUCUAUUAUCGCGCUGGUGGCCCAGGCACUCUGCAUGCUGUUCAUCGACAAGUUCGGCCGGCGCUGGCCUCUCAUCUUCGGGAACCUCGGCAACUGCGUCACCUUCCUCAUCGCCACCAUCCUGCUCGCCAAGUUCCCGCCGGGAGCCAACGACAACACGGCUGCGGCCUGGGGCUUCAUCGUGGUCACUUGGGUGUACAACUUCAGCUUCAGCGCGACAUGCGGGCCCCUGUCCUGGAUUAUCCCGGCCGAGGUGUUCGACACUAAGACGCGAUCCAAGGGCGUUUCCAUCGCGACCAUGACCUCGUUCGCGCUCAACACCAUGAUCGGGCAGAUCACGGGCCCGGCCAUGAAGACAGUCGGGUACCGUUACUACAUCCUCUUCGUCAUCUGCAACUUCACCAACGCCCUCUUCUUCUGGGCUGUCCUGCCCGAGACGGCCCGCCGCCCGCUCGAGGAGAUGAACCGGCUGUUUACGGACGCGCCCCUCUUCGUGCCGACCAUGGACCGAAAGGAUUGGGCCGGUAACGAUCUCGAGCGGCGUGUCGAGGAGGUCAAGGCCAAGCAGGAGUCGGUGCACAUGGGAUAA